AUGGACCCAUCCGAAGAGUCAAACUUCCUCCUCUUCAGAGACUGUCUCUCAACCCCCCUCAUCGAGCUCUCAUCCAACACCCCCGCCAACCCGAGCAAGAAGACGCGACGAGCGCGCGGUGGCCGCAAGAACGCGAUCAAACCCGUGGUCCCGAUCGAAGACGAGAGCAAGACGAGCGAUGCCGAGGAGCUAGGCGAGUUCAUAGACUACCUCGCCACCGAGAUCUUCUCCAGCCUCCCCCCGGAGGUACGGAGUCUCAGCCACUCCACCUGGCUCAACGGUACACCCUCCCACCAAGCCCUCUACACAACGCCCCUGUCUCCGUCCGUCGCCGGCGGGAUCCUCGACACCCUGCCCCCGAGCAUAGGCGACUCCCUGACGAGCUACGCCCUGCUGCCCGAUCUGAAAACACCGGCCGAGUUCCUCGCCCCGGUCCUGAACGGCUAUGUUGAGACGCUGUUGAGGCCGCCGCCGCCGCCGCGCCAGACGCUGCGUGAUGUGGACGAGUGCGAGAUUUGCGCGAGGGGAUGGAUCCCGCUGACCUUCCACCAUUUGAUACCCAGAGGAGUGCACGCCAAGGCGUUGAAGAGGGGAUGGCAUGCGGAGGAUCAGUUGGAGAACGUGGCGUGGUUAUGUAGGGCCUGCCAUAGUUUUGUCCAUCGGGUUGCUACGCUUGAAGAGUUGGCGAGGGAGUUCUUUACCGUUGAGAGACUGGUGGAGAGGGAAGACGUAAGGAGGUUUGCGGAGUGGGUAGGGAAGGUUAGGUGGAAGGCUCGCUAA